UCUCAGGAAGUAAGUUUCUCGUUUGAUACGAGAAAAUGGCAAGAAAUGUCUUUGUAUUGUUACCAAAAUAUAUAAAUGAAUGUGCUCUAAAUUCUGAAUUACAAAACUAAAACACUAUUACAAUAUUCUACAUCUGUGCCCCAGGUAUGCUUUUUUAAAGAAACAAAAUCAGUAGGGCCAUUUGGUAGCAGAGAGUAGAAAUUUUGAUUCAGGGGACGCUACUCUAAAAAUGUCAACAACAAAAAAAUGUAAAAUAAAUUGGUCUUAAAAUUUUUGUUGAUCUUAGCUCAUAAUUAUGGCUAGAAAUUCGAACACUCAAGAAAAACCAAUACAUUGCAGCAUUAAGAAUACUGUCAGUCUUUUAGUAGGUGACCAUAAGCAUGAUUUUAGCUCAGGUUGUAAAAUGUUUGAUGUCACUUUUCCAAAUGUAAUCAAUCCAGAGGAUGAUUCAUUUAUAAGAGAGAUAGGAGAAAUACAAUUUAAGAACUACUAUGUUGCACACCUCACCAUCCGAGCCAAGUUCCGCUCCCCAGAUUUCAAUGGACAAACAGGAGACCUAAAAUGGAGAACAUGUGUUCGGAGAUUUCAAAUGAUGCCUGAUCCACAUAGUGAAGAUGGAUCACAUAGCUAUUUCUAUCUGAACAGAAAACACUUUAAUUUUGAUAUUGUGAAUUUAUCAACACUGCGCUUCAUUCUUCACCAACCAUCACCAGUUUGGAAAGAUUUUAAAUUAGAAGAUCUACAGUUCUUCAGAACUUCUCAGGCAUUGAAACCUUUGGAUCUGCCAUCUUGGUUGACAGCUCCAGAAGAAACAACAACAGAAGAGCCAGCAGCUGAAAAACCCAAACUACCGGGAGUUCCAGACUUAGAUGCAUUAUCAGCUCAUCUUCAAGAACUAUGGGCUAUGGCAGAAGAUGUGUCUUCAAAUCAGAGUACUGUCCCUUUGGGCAGAUAUGAUGUGGAUGGGUGUUAUGAUGUCACUCUUCUGUCCUAUACAUGAUACCAUAUAGAUCACAGUUAUUGUUGUUAUAUUUUAUUUUACAAGAAUCUCCUUUUGUGUUAUGUGUUUAUAUUUAAGACAUUCCAAAGACUCCUAAUAUAUACCGACACCUGACGUUACCGACACCUGACGUACACAUCAUCCAUUGACUUCAUCAUACACAGGUGUACAGGACUAUUUGUUUGAGGGCAAGCCUGGAAAUAAGGCAUCUGUCACAGACAAUGUCAUUUUGUCCGGCACUGAUUUGUCUUUUUUAUUGAUAUUUUUAAUACAUGUCCAGCACUAAGUUGAAAAUGUCAGGUACUAUUUCCUUUGUGCCUGACAUUUUGUCGGGUACAUUUAAAACCAUUAUUUCCAGGUCUGUUUGAGGGAGUCACAGGUUCACUCAUAGUUCUUUAUUUUUGCUGGAAUAUGACCAGAGACAUGAGACACACCGAUAGCCGAAAAGUGAUGUGAAUAUUGAUAAUAUCAGUGCGAUUCUUGAUACUAUAGAUUGAAAUAUUAGUAUCUGAAGAUUGUUCUUUUGAAUAGUUAUUGUAAUUAUUUCCAGAAUUUUUGAGACUGUCUUGCCCGACACUGUAUCCCCUGGCCUGUACGCCACCAACUUUUUAGGAUCUGACAAAAUCCAGUGUUAAUAUUGAAGUAAUGGUUUAUGAGACAAUCUCAUGGUUUCAACUGAGGAGCAUAGAAAUUUAAUUUAUUUUUACAUGAUCUUUAUUGCUUUAUCAAAUGUUAUAUUUGCUUUAAAUUAUAACAUAUUUAACAAGAGAUGUAUUUGCUCGAAGGUGCAUUAAUCCACUAUUUAUUAGGUGAAAAGCUCUACAAUGGAGCCAUAUUAAUAAUUGAUAACAGACAGUCACCCAUCCCCUGAAAACAAAACAUGCUCCAAAUUUUGUAUUAGUGAACUUAUGUGGAAGCCGUUUUAUGUUAGUCCCGAAAUGACCUAGUUUGUGUGGAGUGGAGUUAAACCCCAUCUCUCUCUCUCUCUCUCUCUCUCCAAAAAUAUCUGUAUAUGGUAAAUUAUCAAAUAAUUUAUAUUUACUACAAAAUAAUUACCCGCACAUUCAUAAUCUAUAUAUUUAUAUGAUAUUGUUGAAGCCAUUUGUUUUGCCUGGAGGACUAGAGUCUUUGGGCUCAAUAUCAAAUUAUUUAUAAAUACAAAAUAAAUAUUAACAGUACAUUCAUAAUCUAUAUAUUUAUAUGAUAUUUUCGAAGGGUUUGUUUUGUCUGGAGGACUUCACCACAACAAAAGAUUUUGACUAGAGUGUGUGGGUUCAAUAUCAAAUUAUUUAUAAAUACAAAAUAAAUAUUACCAGUACAUUUUAUAGUCUAUAUAUUUAUAUGAUAUUGUUGAAGGUGUUUCUUUUGUCUGGAGGACUUCACCAACAAAGAAAACGUUAUGACUAGGGUGUGUGGGCGGGGACAGCCCUGAUCACACCUAAUCAUAUUCCAUCUUUAUUGAUUAAUAUUACCCUGUGCAAUAUUUUAUAUCAUCAUUCUAGGUUGUGAGUAUUCUGCCAUUCAUCUUAGACAAAUAAUGUGGGAUUAGCCGGAUUAUUUAAUAUAUAUUUGCACAAAGUUCUACAAAUAAUUGAUUAAGAGUAUAUUUAUUUGAAUUAUUAAAGAUAAAGGGUGGUUUUUUUUUUAAA